AGACCGUGCGCACAGUGCUCGCGGGUGAGGUCCGCGCCGCGGCGGGGAAGACCCACCUGCCAGUCUGCGCUCAGCGGGCGCGGAAAGGGCGGCUCGUCGCGACCCUGUACUGGCAGUGUCCCGGCUUCCGGCGCCCUCGCCCCAGCUGGAUUGAAGUUCAACCCUCGGUUCUGCCGCCGACCCUUUGCGCCUUAGGAGUGUUCCCUGGCUGCGUGGGGAGCCCACGACGCGCGCUGCCGGUACCUGGCCAUGGCUGGGGCGCGCGGGCUGCUCUGUCUGUGGCUGGGCUGCUUCUGCCUGAACCUUGUGCAGGGAGAAAGACUGAAGCAGCAUUUCCCGGGGCUCCGCAAAGCUGUGCCAGGUCACCGCGCGGCAGGUAGUAGCCCUAACCCGGAGCUGCAGCCGCGAGACCAGGUGGCGGAGCACAUGCUGCGGCUCUACGACAGGUACAGCGGCAGCGGCGGCGCGAGCCCGCGGGCGCGCACGCCGGGCUCCCUGGGGCGAGGCUCGCAGCCCUCGCGGCCCCCGGUCCUGCGCGAAGGCAACACGGUUCGCAGCUUCCGAGCCGGAGCAGCAGGGACCCUUGAAAGUAAGGGACUGCAUAUAUUUAAUCUGACUUCUGUGACUAAGUCUGAGAGCAUUCUGUCAGCCACACUGCAUUUCUAUAUUGGAGAGCUAGUAAACACCAGCCUGAGUUGUUCAUGGUCUCAAGGAUGCUCACAUCGUGGUCAGAGGAAACACCAUCAGAUAGAUCUCUCUGCAUGGAUCCUCAGAUCCACCAGAAACCAAAGUCAACUCCUAGGUCACCUGUCAGUUGACACAGCCCAACCUCAUGGAGAUAUCACAUCCUGGCUAUCUAAAGACAUCACUCAACUCUUAAGGAAGGCCAAGGAAAAUGAGGAGUUCCUCAUAGGAUUUAACAUUACUUCCAAAGGACACCAGCUGCCUGAGAGGAUGUUACCUUUCCCGGAGCCUUAUAUCUUGGUGUACGCCAAUGAUGCUGCCAUUUCUGAGCCAGAAAGUGUGGUCUCAAGCUUACAGGGACAUCAGAAUUUGCUUCCUGGAGCUGUGCCCAAACUGGAUAGCCACAUCAGAGCCACCCUUUCUAUUGAACGGAGGAAGAAGCGCUCUACUGGAGUAUUGCUGCCGCUGCAGAACAACGAGCUUCCUGGGGCUGAAUAUCAGUAUGAGAAAGAUGGGGUCUGGGAGGAGAGAAAGCCUUACAAGGCCCUGCAGACUCAGUCCCCUGAGAAGAGUAAAAACAAAAAGAAACAGAGAAAGGGGUCUCACCAGAAGACCCAGACACUCCAGUUUGAUGAACAGACUCUGAAGAAGGCGAGGAGAAAGCAGUGGAUUGAACCUCGUAAUUGUGCCAGGAGGUACCUUAAAGUCGACUUUGCAGAUAUUGGCUGGAGUGAAUGGAUUAUCUCGCCCAAGUCCUUCGAUGCCUAUUACUGCUCUGGAGCAUGCCAGUUCCCCAUGCCAAAGUCUUUGAAGCCAUCAAAUCAUGCUACCAUCCAGAGUAUAGUGAGAGCUGUGGGGGUCGUUCCUGGGAUUCCUGAACCUUGCUGUGUCCCCGAAAAGAUGUCCUCACUCAGUAUCCUAUUCUUCGAUGAAAAUAAGAAUGUCGUGCUCAAAGUGUACCCUAACAUGACAGUAGAGUCUUGUGCUUGCAGAUAACCUGGCAAAGAACUUAUCCGAAUGCUUAAUUCAAUCAGUAGUUUAUUUUAUGGACUUUUUUUUUGCACUGCCAAUGCAUUUUGCUCCAAAAGAUUUUUUUCUAUAGACAAAAGAGAAUGAGCAAAUAGACUGAA